GUUCUACCUAUGCUGCUGGUGCAGAUUCCUGCCAAGGAGACGGCGCAGCUGGGAUCGCGGGCACAGCUGCACCGAGAGCAGGAGGCCCUGGGGAGCCUGACGGCUGCGGGCAGUCUCCAAGUGCUCUCCCUGGCGCCGGGCAGUCGGGGUGGAAGCAGCUGCUGCCUCCAAGGCCCCUUUGGGCACUUCGUGUGGGAGGAUUCUCAUGACAGCAGCAUAUCCACAGACAAGCCCAAGCUGCUUGCUGUUAGCGAAGAGUAUGAACUGCUCGCAUAUGAAUUUGAUCUGAAAGAUGGAGGAUGCGAUGCAACCUUAUUACACAGCUGUUGUGGGAGGACACUGCAAAAGCUCAUUGAAGAUCAAGGAGUCAGUAUUUCCUUCAAAUCUUUGAGAAUUCUGUCAUUUCACAACAAGACAGCAUUACUGCUCAUCAACAGAUGUCUCAUUCUCCGCAUUGUAUUUGCCGGGAGAGAAUCUGGGAGUGUACUGGACUGCUUCCCUCUGCUCUUGCCGGCACAGACAGCAGACACCAUUAUUGACACACAGCUCUGCAGGGGACUUCUUUUUGUUCUGAGUACAUUAGGCUGGAUCUAUAUUUUUGACACUGUUGAUGGCAUGCAUGUAGCUCAUGUGGACUUGGCUCUUCUCCAAGAAGACUCUGAGCAGCAGGAAGCAGCCAACGUUUCUUCCUUUACCUCAUUGAAAGUGUCUGAAGACUUAGAUGUUUUGGUGAUUGUCAGUUCAUCCAACACUGCUGUUGCUGUUAACCUAAAUUUGUAUUUCAGGCAACACCCAGGACACCUACUGUGUGAAAGAACACUGGAAGACCUUCCAAUUGAAGGGCUCACUGGAAUAGAUGAGGACGACCUUGCUAACUCUGUCCACAACAUGAAACUGACCAAAGUUUCCUUUCAAGUUGAUAGGUCUUGGAGGGCCCAGCUGUCAUCACUGAGUGAAACAAGGAGCUCAAAACCAGAGGUUUCCUGUUGUGCUCCGUGGUUCCAGGGUGUUUUACGUUUGGAGUCCCCAGAAUCUGGUAACCACACUCCCGUUGUGCCAAACCACAUUUUCAUCCCGGGGGAUGCCACGUGUCGCCAGUGCGCUUUUCCACAGAAGGGGCACAUCAGGACUAGUGAUCCAGGACUGUGGAAGACAAUGCACCUGAGCGAACAAGAGCAGCCCGCAGAGCUCAAGUGUAUGUCUGUGACUGCAUUUACUGCACUGUUUACCUGGGCAGUAGGAACAACCAGCUGCACCAUUGUCCUCUGGGACCUGGAGACCCAGAGCACGCAGUGUUUUUCUCUCAGCCAGAAGUGUACUCCUGUGGAUAGCAGUGGGAACCAGCAGCUGUGCCUUGUUUUGACAGAAAACGGUCUGUCUCUGAUUUUGUUUGGUCUAACUCAAGAGGAGUUUUUGAAUAGACUAAUGAUCCAUGGCAGUGCCAGCACUGUGGACUCCCUUUGUCAUCUCAAUGGUUGGGGACGGUGCUCAAUUCCUAUACACGCUCUAGAGGCUGGCAUAGAAAAUCGGCAGCUGGACACAGUAGAUUUCUUCUUGAAGAGCAAGGAAAAUCUUCUUACUCCAUCUUCAAAAUCUCCUGUUCCUGAUCAGCUGCAUCAUCACUUUUCAUCCCAGUUAUAUUUAAGACAGGUGGAAGAGAUGAUGCCAGCACUGGAUUUACUUUGCUCAGCAAUUAGAGAAAGUGACUCUGAGACCCAAAGCAAGCACUUUGCAGAGCAGCUGCUUCACCUUACACUGUCUUUUCUCAACAAACAAAUAAAGGAGCUUUUUGUUCACACUGAAGUGAUAGAUGAGCAUCUGCAGAAGGGAGUGGACAUUUUGACCAGCUACAUCAAUGAACUUCGUACUUUCAUGAUAAAGUUUCCUUGGAAGCCAGCAGAUGCCACUGAUGAAUAUGACAUAAACCAAGAUGUCCUCACAGUAAAGGAGGGAAAAAUUUGGGAGAAACUCAACUUUGAGGAAGUUAUUGCAGAUGCCAUUUUAAAUAACAAAAUACCAGAGGCACAAACUUUCUUCAGGAUUACUAAUCAUUCUGCUCAACGACUCGAGGAGCUGGUCAGGAUAGGCCUGGAUUUGGUGUUUGACAGUUUGAAAAGGAACAAUGUAGAGGAAGCCUCCAUGCUCUUGAGGAAUAUGGGCUUCAGUGUGGAAGAUGAGUUGCUCAAGAUAUGCUUUUAUACAACUGAUAAAAAUAUACGGGACUUUUUGGUUGAAAUUUUAAAAGAAAAGGAAUGUUUUUCUGAAAAAGAAAGAAGAACUAUAGACUUUGUUCAUCAAGUUGAAAAGUUUUAUUCAGGACGUUUCCAAGAAAAUGUGCAGAUGCAGCCCUUUCCCAGUGUUUUUAGAUAUUGGAUAAAGGAACAGGACUAUCUCAAGCACAAAUCUAUCUUGGACACAUUCCUCAAGCAUGAUCAGAAAGAUGAGUUUAAUGACCAGCACCAAAGAAUUGCGCUGAAUUGGGCUCACUGGUGGGAUCAGCAAACACAAGAAUGCAUCCUUCUCCCCAGGAUAAGUCCAGAAGAAUACAAAGCACAUUCCCCGGACUCCCUCUGGAGGUACCUCACGGCUCGCCAUGACUGGUCAAACAUUAGCUUGUGGAUUGAAGAAUUUCAGACCCAGGAAACAGGGCCACCUCAUCAGAACAAGUGGCCCCCUCUGAGUGCUGACAUCAUUGAUCAGAAUACUUGUUGCAACAAUUACAUGAAGAAUAAGAUUCUAGACAAGCUGGCCAGGAGUGGGACUUUUCUUGCAUCUGAACUAGAAGACUUUGAACUGUUCCUCCUGAGACUCAGCCGGAUUGGGGGUGUGAUGCAAGACGCCCUCCCCGUGCAGAGCUACAGAGCCUCGGGAGGGUGGGAUUUUCACUCGCACUUCAUCCUCUACUGUCUGGAGCACGACCUACAGCAUCUUCUCUACGUCUAUCUUGACUACUACAAACUUAGUCCUGGAAAUUGUCCUUUUUUGGAAAAGAAAGAACUACAUGAAGCUCACCCUUGGCUUGAAUUUUUGGUUCAGUGUCGGCAAGUUUCCAGUAACUUAACAGAUCCCAAACUGAUCUUCCAGGCUAGCCUUGCAAAUGCUCAGAUUUUGAUUCCCACCAAUCAGGCCAGUGUAAGCAGUAUGCUGUUGGAAGGACACACCCUCCUGGCCCUUGCUACUACCAUGUAUGCUCCUGGGGGUGUCAGCCAGGUCAUUCAGAAUGAAGAAAGUGAGAACUGUUUGAAGAAAGUGGACCCCCAGCUAUUGAAGAUGGCCUUAACACCUUACCCAAAGCUCAAAGCUGCCCUCUUCCCACAGUGCACUGCUCCUAGUAUUCUGCCCUCUGAUAUUACACUCUACCACCUCAUUCAGUCUUUGCCACCCUUUGAUCCUAGCAGAUUGUUUGGCUGGCAGUCUGCCAACACACUAGCAAUAGGAGAUACAACCAACCGUCUCCCACAUUUUUCCAGCCCUGACCUGGUGAGUAAAUACGCUGUAGUGGAACGUCUGAAUUAUGCGUAUUAUUUACAUCACGGACGCCCAUCAUUUGCCUUUGGUACUUUUCUGGUCCAGGAGUUAAUCAAGAGUAAGACUCCCAAACAACUGAUCCAACAAGUAGGCAAUGAGGCCUAUACCUUAGGGCUCGCUUCCUCCCACAGCCCUUCAGUAGGGGCUGCCUGUGUUUGCUUCUUAGAAUUGCUUGGUCUUGGCAGCCUCAAGCUCAGAGUUGACAUGAAAAUGGCAAAUGUGAUUCUGGGCUACAAGUGUAGAAAUGAAGACAGUCAACCCAGCUUUACCAGAGAGUCUCUAGCUGAAAAAUUGUCUAAGCUUGCUGAUGGUGACAAGGCCACCACAGAAGAGUUGCUCGUUCUUUUGGAAGAAAGUGUGUGGAGUAGCAUCGCGCAGCAAGGUUUGAACAGUUCUGAUUAUAGGUUGUCCAGUGAAUCCAGCAGCCAGUGGACAUUAGUGUUACAGUUCUGCACAGUCCACAAUUUGAAACUGAGCGUGUCCUACCUUAGAGAAUGUGCCAAAGCAAACGAUUGGUUGCAGUUCCUGGUUCACAGCCAACUCCAUAGCUACCACCCAGAAGAGGUGAAAUCUCUUCUUCAGUACUUCAGCCCAGUCCUCCAGAGCCACCUGAAGCUGGCUUUUGAGAAACUGUCAUCAGGGUCCAUCUCUAGAGAAGAUGGUGAUCAAGACCACAAGUACCUCCAGGAACUCCAGAAAAACAAAGAGGAGAUGAGGGAUUUCUUUGAAAUUCUCCACCAGUGCUCAGAAGAGUCAGCCUCUUGGUGCUGGCUCCUCACUGAGGCAGUGAAACAUCGGGCUCCGAUCCUCAGUGUCCUGGCCUCUUGUCUCCAGGGGGCUAGUGCUGUGCCCUGUCUCUGUGUUUGGAUUGUCACCUCUGUGGAGGACAGGGUUGCAGCUGAAGCAAUGGGACACAUCCAGGCCUCAGUAGAGGAUCAUUCCUGGAGCCUUGAGGACCUGUCCAUGAUCUGGAGAACUGUAUUGACAAGGCAGAAGAGCCAUACUCUCAUCCGAGGCUUCCGGCUUUUCAUUAAGGAUUCCCCACUUCUGUUGAUUAUGGAGAUGUAUGAACUAUGUAUGUUCUUCAAGAAUUACGAGAAAGCCAAAGUUAAGCUUGUGGAGUUCCAGAAAAGCCUUGAGACGCUUGACACAAUGGCUGUGAGGGUCCUUCCUUCCACGUGGAUGAAGGAUCAGGUUUGCUUCCUUUUGAAACUGAUGCCGCAGCAAUGCCAGACACAGUAUGAGCUGGGGAAGGUUCUCCAGCUGCUUGUCGGGACUGAGCACCUCUUCUCUGAUGGUCCAGAUGUGCAGAAGCUGUGUGUCCUCAGCCAGAUCUUGAAGGACACGCCUGUAGCCAUCAACCCAGCUGUUAUUACCAGCUACAGCGCUGAGAAUUUUCAGCAUGAGUGUAGAUCUAUUUUGGAAAAGCUGAAGGCAGAUGGACAGUUUGCUGUGGCCAGGAGAGUGGCAGAGUUAGCCGCAUUACCUGUGGACAGCUUGGUGAUUGAACAGCUAGCCCAGGAAAUGAAGACCCUGAAACACACUCAGCAGUGGCCCCGCAAACACACAAGAAUUGACUUCUGGAAAAAAUGCCAUGAAAUUUUUAAGAAAAACUCCAUUUCCAACAGGGCAGCCUCUUCCUUCUUCUCCAGUCAGGUCCCUGUGGUGAGUGAGCACCCCACUGAGCAAGACGAUCUUGAGGAGCGCCAUCUGUUGCUCACACUGGUGGGGCACUGGCUCGCCCGAGAAGAGCCUGUUCCCUUGGAGGAGCUGGAAGCGCUGGAGAAACAGACCUGGAUCUGCCGCAUCACCCAGCACGCCCGCCCAGAGGAAACCCGGCCCAGCCCCUCUCAGCAGAAGUCAGCUGAUGUGGAACUGUCCUUUGAUAGCUUAGCCGAUGAGUUUUCCUUCUCCAAGCUUGCUGCUUUGAACACAUCCAAAUACUUAGACCCUAAUGGUCUUCCAUCCAAAGAGAUGUGUGAGAACACACUGGACUGCAAGGAGCGGGAAUCACUGAAUGUUCUGGUUGGACACCUGCUGGAUGGCGGCUGUGUGCACGAAGCAAGUAGAGUGUGCCGGUAUUUCCACUUCUACAGUCAGGAUGUAGCGCUAGUGUUGCACUGCAGAGCCUUGGCCUCCGCAGAGGCCAGCGUGGAAGACGGGCACUCGGAGAUCCGUGCCCUUCUCCCAAGUGCUGUGCUGCCUGAGGACCAGGAGAGCCCUAGUGUCCCUCUUCGGAAAGUCCAUAGCGCUUCAAGUUUGGAUAGUCAGUCGUUCAUGAUGGCGCCAUCUACUGAUGAAGUGGCAAGGAAUCUCCAAGCUCUCACAAGCAAGUGCCUCCACGGGAAGAACUACUGCAGGCAGGUCCUCUGUCUGUAUGAACUUGCCAAGGAGUUGGGCUGCUCCUAUGCUGAUGUUGCUGCCAGGGACAGUGAAACCAUGCUCCGGACAAUCUUGGCUUCUCAGCGGCCUGACAAAUGCAGACAAGCCCAAGUCUUCAUCAGCACCCAGGGCCUUGAGCCAGACACUGUGGCUGAAUUAGUGGCCGAAGAAGUCACACGAGAGCUGCUGACCCCAUCAGAGGGAACAGGAGAAAAGCAGCCUUUCAACCCAGCAGAAAGCCAGACAUUUCUUCAGUUAACCACUGUAUGUCAAGACCGCACACUGGUAGGCAUGAAGUUGCUGGACAGGAUUCCCUCCAUCCCCCACGGGGAGCUGUCCUGCACCACAGAGCUCCUGAUCCUGGCCCACCACUGCUUCACCUUUACGUGCCACAUGGAGGGCAUCAUGAGAGUCCUGCAGGCUGCCCGGAUGCUUACAGAUAACCACUUGGCUCCCAACGAGGAAUAUGGGCUGGUGGUACGCCUCCUCACUGGCAUUGGAAGGUACAAUGAGAUGACAUACAUAUUUGACUUGCUGCAUCAAAAGCACUAUUUUGAAGUUCUGAUGAGGAAGAAGCUAGAUCCGAGCGGUACCCUGAAGACAGCCUUGCUAGACUACAUCAAACGAUGCCGCCCUGGAGACAGUGAAAAGCACAAUAUGAUUGCCCUGUGCUUCAGCAUGUGCCGGGAGAUAGGGGAGAAUCAUGAGGCAGCAGCCUGUAUCCAGCUCAAGCUAAUCGAGUCUCAGCCCUGGGAGGAAAGCCUCAAGGAUGGAGUCCAACUAAAACAGCUCCUGCUUAAAGCUCUGACUCUGAUGUUGGAUGCAGCGGAGAGUUAUGCCAAGGACUCCUGUGUACGACAGGCCCUACACUGUAAACGACUCACCAAGUUAAUAACACUACAGAUUCACUUUCUGAACACUGGUCAGAACACAAUGCUUAUCAACUUGAGCCAUCAGAAGCUAAUGGACUGUAUCAUGGCGCUACCUAGGUUCUACCAGGCUUCUAUUGUAGCCGAGGCCUAUGACUUUGUUCCUGAUUGGGCUGAAGUUCUCUACCAACAAGUGAUUCUUAAAGGAGACUUUAGUUACUUGGAAGAAUUUAAACAGCAAAAAUUACUAAGACCCAAUAUAUUUGAAGACAUUUCCAAAAAAUAUAAACAACAUCAGCCUACCGACAGGGUCACAGAAAACCUGAAGAAGUUACUUUCAUAUUGUGAAGAUAUCUACCUGCAUUACAAGCUGGCAUAUGAACACAAAUUUUUUGAAAUUGUGAAUGUGCUUCUGAAGGACCCUCAAACAGGAUGCUGUCUUAAAGAUAUGCUUGCAGGUUAGAAGAUCUGAAAGAUAGCUAAUAUCUUUUUGUACCUAUAUGGCAAUAAAGUAUUUGGAGAGUUUUAUCCCCACUUGAGGUGAAAAUCCCAGAAAUAUAUCUUAUCACAUCAUUCAUUUGUGGUUGUAGGGACUGAAGGAGAAAUUGGUAUUAAGAUCGAAAGCUUGUUAGAAUGACUUCUACAUUAGGAGAAACAGUAGUGAUUAAAAGAAUACCUGUGCCUGCAGGUUCCAGUUUCAAAGUAAUUUAAUCUUAUUUACACAGUUAAGGAACAGGGGAUACAUUUUCAUGAGUUAGAAACUGAUCUUUCUAUAAUAAAAUAGGUUUUAAUUCA